AUGGCAGCACGCGAGAUUAACACAACGGGUGCUUCCUGUGCCGGAUCGUCUUCCACGCGCAUUGCCUGCUCCACCCCAACCUCCAGUCCGUCCUCGCACUCGACGCAUCACUCCUAUCGGCCUCGCGACGGUCUCUACACCGCCCCCCCAUCCUCCUUCAAACUACAGCAAGUGGUGAUCAUCGCCCGGCACGGAGACAGGGCCCCGAUAGCGCGCAACGUCGGGCAGGCAGUGCAGGAUAGUCCGGAGACCCAGGCUCUCUGGCUCUCCAAAUUGCCGUCUUCGCAGGAGGUAGAGGCGUGGACCUCCGCCUUUCCCCUCGCGGACCCCAGCCUCCGGCCCGUCGACUACGACGAGCAUCCUUACGCGCAGCUCACCCGCAAAGGCGCGCAGGAGCUCCAGGCCCUGGGGAGGCACCUGCGAAAACGCUACGUGACGGACUUG